GGCCCCGCCUAGGCCCCGCCCCCUCGCCUGUAUUUACUGCUCCGCGCGCGGGACCCGAACCUCGUCGCCAGAAAGCGGCUGGCCGCUGUCGCAACUGCGCCUCCUCAUCCUCCCGCGUCACCGCCGCCGCCAUGCCCGGAGGUCUGCUUCUCGGGGACAAGGCUCCCAACUUCGAGGCCAAUACCACCGUCGGCCGCAUUAGCUUCCACGACUAUCUGGGAGACUCAUGGGGCAUUCUCUUCUCCCACCCUCGGGACUUUACCCCUGUGUGCACCACAGAGCUUGGCAGAGCUGUAAAGCUGGCACCAGAAUUCGCCAAGAGGAAUGUUAAGUUGAUUGCCCUUUCAAUAGACAGUGUUGAGGACCAUCUUGCCUGGAGCAAGGAUAUCAAUGCUUAUAAUGGUGAUGAGCCCACAGAAAAGUUACCUUUUCCCAUCAUCGACGAUAAGGAUCGGGACCUUGCUAUCCUGUUAGGCAUGCUGGACCCUGCAGAGAAGGAUGAAAAGGGCAUGCCUGUUACAGCUCGUGUGGUGUUUAUUUUUGGUCCUGAUAAGACACUGAAGCUGUCCAUCCUCUACCCAGCUACCACUGGCAGGAACUUUGAUGAGAUACUCAGAGUAGUUACCUCUCUCCAGCUGACAGCAGAAAAGAGGGUUGCCACACCAGUUGAUUGGAAGGAAGGAGGUAGCGUGAUGGUCCUUCCAACCAUUCCUGAAGAGGAAGCCAAACAACUUUUCCCUAAAGGAGUCUUCACCAAAGAACUCCCAUCUGGCAAGAAAUACCUCCGCUACACACCCCAGCCUUAAGUCUCUCCGGGAAGUUGGUGCCAGAGCUGCUCGCAUAGCGCAGUGAGCCAGAGGAUGUCGGCUGCCAAUCAUGUUUUCCUGCAGCAGUUCCCUAAAAACAUCCUGGUGUGAUCGUAGCCAAGGUCUUUAGGUUGCUAUACUACUGGCUUAUUAAAUGAAAAUGGCACUAAAAAUUUCUUCGGAUUCUUUACUCUCUGCCAUCACCAGCACUCUGUUCUGUUCAUAUAUCAGCACUCUGCUGGCUGUCUCUGAAAUAUGUUCUACACUUGAGACUCACAUCAUGUUGGAUCUCCACGGGGUUUGUGAUCAAUGAGGCAGUAUCAGUUGAUGGUUAAGAAAGCUUGCUUCGUACCAUAAUGGAAUGACUAUCAAUUCUUUCAGCUGUUCUAAUCGAAUCCUCUCUUCUGUUUCCCAUUUUGGAAACAAUAGAACUUGAAGUUCAACUUCCUCUGUAAAUAUCCAAGUAUUAACCGAGGAACUUAAAGUAACCCAGAUGUUCUUUAACAUUCGUUGUUUUGAUCACAGUGCUUUUCAAUUCUGUACUUUUCUAGUAGAUAUCUGAAGUGAGGAGAGCAAGGGGAGGGCCCUUUAAAUAUUUUGCUGUAAAAAUUUUGCAGUAAACUUCUAUCAAAAGGGGGAGACUGCAGAAAAGGCUCCCCAUCCCUGCCAGGGAGGUGUCCCAGAAGUGUGAGCUAUCUGACAAGUGCUCGUGCCUUUCACAGUGUCUCCGUGUGUCGGGCCGCCCCUGAUGAUGUGGACGUCAAAGGGCACACCCCAUCCAGAGAGGAGAAGGUGGCCAAAAAUGUUUUAUUACAGAACCGUUCUUGCAGUGGGUUGCUAUAUUCUGGAUUUUGCUUUUUAGGGAUCAACAAAUAAAAUCUUUUGUUAAAACUGGA